UGGAAUUAAAAUGUUUUAAGUAAAUCGCUGCGGUUCACAAAAUAUGUAAUAGGUCGAUGUGGCGAAAGAAGCGCGCAAAGUCCAUUAAUCUAAUCACUGCUAAAACCUCAUAAGCCCUAAAACACCUGGAACCUUCGAUAGACACCAGUCGCUUCCUCUCUGCAGAGCGAAUAUGGCGAGCAAGGAUUCGAAUCGCGAGCAACCUCCUCCUCUGAGUAUCGAAAUCAAAGCCACUCAGGAUCAAUUCUUCGUGUGGAGAGAGUUCGUAUGGGGAGGUAUAGCUGGAGCUUUUGGCGAAGGGAUGAUGCAUCCCGUAGAUACUCUCAAAACCCGACUUCAGAGUCAGAUUAUCAUGAAUGCGUCUCAGAGACAGAAGAGCAUUCCACAAAUGUUAAGGACUGUCUGGGUUGGUGAUGGAUUGAAAGGCUUUUAUAGGGGAAUUGCUCCUGGAGUCACUGGAUCUCUUGCCACUGGUGCAACCUACUUUGGUGUUAUUGAGUCUACAAAGAAAUGGAUUGAAGAGACUCAUCCCAACUUAGGAGGCCACUGGGUACACUUUAUUGCAGGAGCUAUUGGUGAUACACUUGGUUCUUUCGUAUAUGUUCCCUGUGAAGUAAUAAAGCAGCGGAUGCAAAUUCAAGGGACUAGUAGCUCCUGGAGCUCUUUUAUUUCGAGGAACAGCGUUCCAGUGAAACCAAGAGGUGACAUGUAUGGUUAUUAUACUGGAAUGUUCCAGGCUGGAAGCUCAAUAUUGAAAGAGCAAGGACCAAAAGGACUGUAUGCUGGAUAUUGGUCUACACUAGCAAGGGAUGUACCUUUUGCUGGCCUCAUGGUGAUGUUUUAUGAAGCAUUGAAGGAUCUAACAGAUCAAGGGAAGAAAAAGUUUCCACAAUUUGGAGUCAACAGUUCAAUCGAGGGGCUCGUUUUGGGAGGAUUAGCUGGUGGACUAAGUGCUUAUCUCACAACUCCACUGGAUGUUGUUAAAACAAGAUUGCAAGUACAAGGAACAACGAUCAAGUACAAGGGUUGGCUGGAUGCAGUUGGGCAGAUAUGGAGGAAGGAAGGUCCAGAGGGCUUUUUUAGGGGAAGCGUCCCGAGGGUCAUGUGGUAUAUUCCGGCCUCGGCACUCACCUUCAUGGCCGUUGAAUUCCUAAGAGAGAGUUUCAGAGAGAAAAGUAAGAAUAACAACAGUGUUGUCUCAAACUUGAGCAUAGAGAGUAAAAGAUCUUCAGUACAUGAGGUUAGAGAGAACUAGUGAGAUGAUGAUGAUUCUUGUCUACUUCUCAGAUACAGUUUAACAACAAUCUGAUUUAUCUUCAAUAAGAAACUUCUUUUAAUUCCACAAAAGGAAAAGAUAUUUGGGCUUUAUAUAUA